UGGUUGUGCUAAUACAAACAAACUAGAAUACGUAGUUAGUUUGAUUUGGCGUACAGAUCUUUUGGUGAUGGGCCAGCGUGUAGGCGUUUUUUUUUCGCUCACCUCCAUAUCUCGAGAGAUGCGAAUUUUCGAAGCUCAUCGCGGUUUUUCUUUCCACAACUUCAACUACUUCAACUAAACACAAGCCAAACAAUGGGAAGAAGGGCCAAAAACAAGCAGGGAGUUCCACCCUCGUUGGAUGAUUUCUUGGAGAGAAAGAACAAACACUCUCUGAAACCACAACAUAGAGAAAAAAGAAAGAGAAGUGAUGAAGGUGAUAAGAAAAGCAAGAAGUCAGUAAAGAAAACUAGAAAGGAUGAGGAAGAGGUGCCUGCUGAUCUUCCAGAGGUUGACUUGGAAGAGUUGGCAUCUGCAAAAAAGUCUCUCUUCGAUGAUGACAACGACUCUCUCCCAGAAGAUGACGAGUUCGAUGCCGAGGACCUUGAGGGUGCCAACGAUGAGUUCCAGGACUCUGAUGAGGAAGGCAGAGAACGUCCAAUUUUCUCUGAUGAUGAGGACAAUGAUGAGUUAGAGGAAUUGAAUGCAGAGAACAUGGAGGCCUUCUCCAAGAAACUUGACGAAGAAGACGAGUUGGAGGCAGAAGAGGCGGAGUUGGAGUUGGUGCAAGGCGCUGCUCAGCCCAGAGCCAAGGUCUUGCCAACCGAAGAAGAGGAAGCUGAACUUGCGAAACAGCCCGUCGACAUCACAACUGUCAGAACGCGUAUGCUUGAAAUCGUGAAGGUGUUGGAGAACUUCAAGGAAUUGUCUGAAGAGGGUAAAUCUCGUGCAGACUACACGGGAAGACUUCUCAAAGACAUCUGUGAAUACUUCGGCUACUCUGAAUUCUUGGCAGACAAACUCUUCAACCUCUUUUCUCCUGCUGAAGCUAUCGAGUUUUUCGAGGCCAACGAGGUUGCCAGACCAACAACUGUCAGAACCAAUACCUUGAAAACCAGAAGAAGAGACUUGGCUCAGACACUUGUAAACCGUGGUGUCAACUUGCAGCCAAUUGGUGCCUGGACUAAGGUUGGCUUGCAAAUUUUCGACUCCCAAGUCCCUAUCGGUGCUACUCCUGAAUACUUGGCUGGUCACUACAUCUUGCAAGCUGCCUCAUCAUUUUUACCUGUGAUGGCUUUGGACCCCAAGGAAAAUGAGCGUGUCUUGGAUAUGGCUGCUGCGCCCGGUGGUAAAACCACCUAUAUUUCUGCAUUGAUGAAGAACACUGGAUGUGUCUUUGCCAACGAUGCAAACAAGGCCAGAACUAAAUCUUUGAUUGCCAACAUCCAGCGUUUGGGUUGUAAAAACACCAUUGUCUGUCACUACGAUGCACGUGAAUUCCCAAAGGUGAUCGGUGGCUUUGACAGGGUUUUGUUGGAUGCUCCUUGUUCUGGUACCGGUGUGAUUGCCAAAGAUGAAUCCGUCAAAGUUUCCCGUACCGAGAAAGACUUCAUUCAAAUCCCACACUUGCAAAAGCAGUUAUUGUUGAGUGCUAUAGACUCUGUCAACGCCCACUCCGCUACUGGCGGUGUCAUUGUCUACUCCACUUGCUCUAUCGCUGUUGAGGAGAACGAAGAUGUGGUGGAUUAUGCAUUGAGAAAAAGGCCAAAUGUCAAGCUUGUUGAAUCGGGCUUGCAAAUUGGUAAAGAGGGUUUUACUUCAUUUAGAGGAAAGCACUUUAACCCAACCAUCUCUUUAACGAGACGUUACUAUCCUCAUACCUAUAAUGUUGAUGGUUUCUAUGUUGCAAAGUUCAAGAAGAUUGCUCCAUCUCCUCACGACAUCACGAAAUCAGGAGCCAAGGAGAAGGAAUCUUUGGCAAGAUCUGAAGCGGAAGAAGAGGGAAUUAUUCACGAUGAUUUCGCCGAGUUUGACAACGACGAGGACCUGGAGUUGAUCGACAAAUCCAUCAAGAGAAGUAUGAAGAGAAAGGGUCUCAACCCCCAUGCUAAGAAAUAGUGUAUUAUAGUAUUGCAU